AUGUAUGGAAACACUUCUUACUCUUAGCUACUUUGAUCGGUCUCCCCUUCUUUCCACUACAAGUCGAUCAAUUUCUGAUGGCUGAAGCACUCAUUUUCGUUCUCCUAGAACAAUUGGCUUCAAUCACCCGUCAACAGGUACAACUACAAGUGAAAUUGGUAGUUGAUGUUAAGAAAGAAGUUGAAAAUCUCCGCCACAAUUUCCGAGCUAUAGAAGCCGUGCUCAAAGAUGCAGAGGAGAGGCAAGUGAAGGAGGCUUCCAUUAAAUUAUGGCUGGAUGAUUUAAAGGAUGUGUCCAACGAGAUGGAGGACGUGUUGGAUGAUUGGAACACUGAAAUUCUGAGGCUACAAAUUGAGAAACAAGAGAAAGAAGCGGGAAAUGCUCUUGAAACGACUAAGAAGAAGGUAUGUCUAUGCAUUCCUACUGCUUUCUUUUGUUUUGGCCAAGUUAGUAGAGUUAUUUUUCGUCGAGACAUUGCUCAAAAGAUUAAAGAUCUCAGUGAAAGGUUAGCAACAAUUGCUAAUAUGAGGCAAAAUUUUAACUUUCAGUACACAAAAAGUGGUACUGGACAUAUUGAGCGACAAAAGACCACUUCUUUUGUCGAUCAAACAUUUGGUCGGGUAGAUGAAAAAAAAUUCUUGGUGGGCAUGUUGUUGAGUGAGAGUAAUCCUGAAGGGCAAAGCCCCAUUGUCAUCCCGAUUGUAGGGAUGGGUGGAAUCGGUAAAACAACUCUUUCGCAACUAGCAUAUAAUGACGAAAAAGUGAAGGCUAAUUUCACAAAAAGAAUAUGGGUUUGUGUCUCAGAUCCAUUUGAUGAGCUCAACAUAGCCAAAGCCAUCAUUAGAGCCCUUGAUGGAAAUGUCAAUUGCAUUUCAAAUGACCUAGAAGCUUUCUUCCAAUGUGUGCACAAGUCUAUCGAGGGGAAAAAGUUUCUCCUUGUCUUAGAUGAUGUGUGGAACCAAGACUAUAGGAAGUGGGAAAAUUUGAAGCUACCUUUACAUAAUGGUGCUCUAGGUAGUAAAAUAAUAGUCACUACACGAAAAGAAGAAGUAGCUAGGAUGAUGGGAGCACCCGAUAACACAAUCAAUUUGAAGGUGUUGAGUGAAGAAAAUUGUUGGUCACUGUUCACUAGAAUUGCCUUUACCAAUAGAAACCAAGAUGAGUGUCAAAUUUUGGAACCUAUUGGUAAGGAAAUUGUAAAGAAGUGCAAAGGGUUGCCACUUAUUGCCAAGACUUUAGGUGGUCUCAUGCGUUGUAAGAAAACAAAGAAAGAAUGGCAAGAUGUUUUGGGUAGUGAGAUAUGGGAGUUAGACAUAAUGGAGCAACAAGUUUUCCAACCGUUGUUACUAAGUUAUUAUGAUUUAACUUCAAUGAUCAAGCGUUGUCUCUUAUAUUGUGUUACCUUCCCAAAAAAUCAUAUAAUUGACAAAGAAGUUUUGAUUGAGUUGUGGAUGUCGCAAGGUUUUCUUGGUUCAUUUGCAAACAAAGAAAAGACAAUGAUAAACAUUGGAGAAUCAUAUUUCGAUAACUUGGUAAUGCGAUCUUUCUUCCAGAAUUUGAAGAAAGAUGAAUUUGGAGAUAUUGAACAUUGCCAAAUGCAUGAUAUUGUGCACGACUUUCUCCAAUAUUUAACCAAGAAUGAAUGUUUAAUCGUUGAGAAAAAAGGUGUUGAGGAGAGAAUAGAAUUUCCAGCAGACAAUAAGCUCCGUCAUUUAACCAUAAUGUUUGCACCGAUAGGACGUUUUCCCCUUUCUUUUGACCAUUGCCAACGUCUACGGACCAUUACAACAUUUAAUUGUAAAAUUACAAGUUUUACGCGAGAGUUGAUUUUACAAUUAAAAUGCGUGAGGACGUUGAAUUUGAGUGACAACUAUAUCGAAGAAGUUCCGGACGAGGUUGGCGGGUUGGUGCACUUGAGGUAUUUGGAUUUAUCUCGUAAUCGGAGGCUGAAGAAAUUACCUGAUAGUCUGUGUAAUUUAGUCAAUUUGCAAACCUUGCGAGUUGAUUGGUGCAUUAGCCUUGAAAAGUUCCCCGAGGCCAUGGGAAAGUUGACCAGCUUGCAGCAUCUUCAUGCUAAUCUUGGUUUUUGCGACAUUGAUAAACUGCUGAAGCUGCCCAAAUCAAUUGCGAUGUUGAAAAGUCUACGGACGCUAGAUGUUGAACCUGUGUUAUUAAUUGAAGGUGAAGGUGAAGAUGGAGAUGAAGAAGGAUUGAGGUCAUGUGAUUUGAGAGACAUGGACGAGCUUCAGGGGAAACUUUGGAUCGUAUUAAAGGGCAAAUUGAAAGAUAGUGCUGCGUGUGAUGUGGAGAAGGCCAAAUUGGUGAAUAAGAAACACCUUCUUCAUUUGAAACUAGGGUUCGCCUGUGAAAGCGAGGGCAACCAGAGUACCAUCGAGGAAGCAGUAUUGAAUGUCUUACAACCAAAUUCAAAUCUUGAAUCCUUAUGGAUCAGAGGUUACGAUGGCAGCACCCUGUACCCCAAUUGGACCUCCUCUUUAAUUAACUUGAAAAGCCUAACCUUCUCUUGGUGCUUGGUUUGUAACUAUGUGCCUCUUUCGGUUUUGGGCAACUUGGGGUCCCUUGAGAGACUCAGAUUUGAUGACAUGCCACAAGUGAAAAAGGUUGGAUUUGAGUACUCACUUGAUCAUCAAGUUAUAUUGUUCCCCAAUCUGAAACAACUCGAGUUCGCUGAAAUGCCGGAGUGGGAAGAAUGGGAUUAUCAUGAGAAUGAUGCUACUUCAUCGUCACCAACUUUUUUCAUGCCACGCCUUUCUACUUUAUCCAUUGAAUGGUGCUAUAAGCUGAAGACAUUGCCAGACUUCCUUCCAAGGAAGACGCCGCUGCUUCAGAAGUUGAUCAUCAACGAUUGUCCCAUUGUCUCCAAAAGUUGCAAAGACAUGCAAGGCCCGGAGUGUUCCAAGAUUUCUCACAUCCCAAACAUCCAUAUUGAAUGGAAAACUAUACAAAAAGAUGGAGUUUGGAUCAAACAGUAGGAUUUAUCAACAACGUCAUCCAUCCAAUUCCUUGGCGACGAGGCGGCUGAGGCGUGAAAAGCGACUCCAAAGGCGUCAAAGGUGCAGGCGCAGCAACAAAAGAAAAAUGACGUCGUUUUGAAACAGAUCGCGUUUUAAAGCCUUUAGGUCGCGACUGUUCUGCUGUGAGUAUUGGAGAGCCGAUUUCAGCCCCCUCUCUUACAAGAGGCAGCAAGUUCGAUCCCUAACCCAGAGUUCGAUUUAGGAGUACGAUUUCGAUUCGCAGCAGUCAAUUUGAACUUUGAAGGUAUUAUUGUAGUUCGAUUCGCAGCAGGCCAUUUGAAGGAAUUGGAGUUCGAUUCGCAACUGUCCAUUUGAAGGUAUGAUUCCAAUUGAUUCUGUUAUAAAUCAUGAAAAUAGUAUCUGGGUUUGAGUUGUUCCCGGGGCGGAUUCAGGUGGUGGCGAGUUUGCACAGUUGCCCAACCUCGAAUUUUUUAGAUAGUUAAAAAGUUUGCACAGUUUGCACGCCUUGCUAGUGUUGAUGGACUGGAUGAUGUAUGGUUAGAGGAGACUCCUGCUAUUAUUCAGGAUGUACUCUACGAGGAUUAUUGUAAUCUUUCUAAUGUAGCACGGGGUUCAGGUUUUAUGUCCCCCCCCCCCCCCCCGUUGCAAAGUAUUAUUUCAAUAAAUGGAACCGGGCGUGGGGCUGAGCCUCCCAGCUAGGCUGGGUUCCAAACCCUUUUCAAAAAAAAAAAAAAAAAGAAGUUUAAGGCUGUGAAAUCCAUUCAAUCUGUAAAAAUGGCAGAAUUGGGCAGCUGCCUCCAUACGACGUCGUAUAUCUAUCUGUAAUAUAUUACAUGUAAUGUUUAUUCACGAUUGCAUAUUCACACCCCAGCUUUUCUGUUUUGUA